AUGGUGUUUGAGGGGUUGGGGGGUUGGAGUUUGAGGGGGGUUUGGGGAGUUGGGGGUUGUUUGGGAUUUUGGUGGGGUUUGGGAGUUUGGGUGGGUUGGGGGUGGGGGGUUUGGGAUUUGGGGUUGGUAUGGGUGGGUAUGGGGGGGUUUUGGAAUUUGGGGGUUGGGGGUUGGGGGUUUUGGGAUUUUGGGGGGUUGGGUGUAGGGGGGGGGUUUUGGGGUUUGGGGGGGGUGGGUGGGUUGGGGGGUUUGGAGUUUGGGGGGGGUUUGGGGGGGUUGGGGGGUUUAGUUUGGGGGGGUUGGGUUGGGGGGGGUUUGGGAGUGUGGGGAGUUGGGGGUUGGGGGGUUGGGUUGGGGGGUUUGAAGUUUGGGGUUGGGUUGGGGGGUUUGAGUUUGGGGGGUUGGUGGGUUGGGGGUUUGGGAGUUUGGGGGGGGGUGGGGGUUGGGGGGGUUUGGGAGUUUGGGGGGUUGGGGGGUUGGGGGGUUUGGGUUGUGGGGGGUUGGGGGGUUGGGGGGGUUGAGGGUUUUGGGGGGGGGUUUGGGUUGGGAGGGUUAGGGGAGUAA